AUGUUCCCAACAUCAAUAAAUUCAACAGGAGAAACAAAUGAUAGAAUAUCAGUUAUUGUUUCAUCAUUUCCAAUAUCAACAACAACAAUUGAUAAUAAAAUAAAUAAUAAUUUAAUUGGAACAUCACUAUGUUUACAAAAAGAUAAAUUAAAAUUAAUUGCAAAAAAAAAAGAAGCUACAACACAACACAUCAAUAUUAAAAAAAAACAUAGAUUAAAAUCAAUAUUAACAAUACAAAAUGAACAAAGAUUAUCAACAAAUAAUAAUAAUCAUAUUGAUGAUGAAAAUCUUUAA